AUGUGUCUCUGCAGCCUCACUGCGCGGGCUGGCAGCAGGGGAGGGGCACAGCCCGUCCCACGCGUGUCCCGGGGCCGCGGGCAGCACGGCAGCACGGCGGCCACUCGUUUGUGCGUGUUUCAAACGCGACUUCUCAGGCGCGCUCCCGCCGCAGGCCCCGCUCCUGAUCCUGCUCCUGCUCCCGCCGUUGGUUCCCGGCCCCGGCCCCUUGGGAGCUGCCCCCGCCGCGCCCCCGGCUCCCCCUUCACGGCAGCGCUCCCUCAGCACAGCCGCGUUCCCUCAGGACAGCCCCGCUCCCCCCUUCACGGCCCCGCUCCCUCAGGACAGCCCCGCUCCCUCAGGACAGCCGCGCUCCCCCCUCAUGGCAGCGCUUCCUCAGGACAGCCGCGCUCCUUCAGGACAGCCGCGCUCCCCACUCAUGGCAGCGCUUCCUCAGGACAGCCCCGCUCCCUCAGGACAGCCCCGUUCCCCCCUCACAGCCCCGCUCCCUCAGGACAGCCCCGCUCCCUCGGGACAGCCGCGCUCCCUCAGGACAGCCGCGCUCCCUCAGGACAGCCGCGCUCCCUCAGGACAGCCGCGCUCCUUCAGGACAGCCCCGCUCCCUCAGGACAGCCCCGCUCCCUCAGGACAGCCCCGCUCCCUCAGGACAGCCCCGCUCCCUCAGGACAGCCGCGCUCCCUCAGGACAGCCCCGCUCCCUCAGGACAGCCCCGCUCCCUCGGGACAGCCCCGCUCCCUCAGGACAGCCCCGCUCCCUCGGGACAGCCCCGCUCCCGCGCCGCUCCGCACCCGCGGCGGGUUCCGCUCCCGGGCGGUGACUGUGCGGCCACCGCGGAGCCCCCACACACCUCGGCCGUACCCGCGGCGAUCCGAGCCCCGCUGCUGCCCGGCGGACACUGCGUCUCUGCCCGGCCCGGCCCCGCCUCGCCCCGCCGGCCGCGGAGGCGGGACCCGCCCGGGCCGCCCUCACGGAGCCGCGGUGCACCCGGGAGCGGCGGGUCAGGCCCAGGGCCCAGCAAACCCGGCGGAAAGAAAAGCAGAACUUAUAAAUACGAGCAAGAAAAAGCCGUCCUGUCCGAGCACCCUUGGACGGACGGGAGGAACUAAGGGCUGUGGCCCAGACAGGCGCUGGUAG